AUGGCCGCCGCACCAGUCAAACCGCUGGUGGCCAUCGUUGGCACGACUGGGACGGGAAAGUCCGAUCUGGCCGUUGAGAUAGCCCGCAGAUUCAAUGGCGAGAUUCUCAAUGGCGAUGCGAUGCAGUUGUAUCAAGGACUGCCUAUUAUCACCAACAAGAUCACCCAGGAUGAAAUGAAGGGGAUCCCGCAUCAUUUGCUAGGCUGUAUCGGUCUAGAAGAAGGGACUUGGACAGUAGGCAGAUUCGUGAACAAGGCAUUAGGAGUGAUUGACGAGAUCCGAAGUCGAGGAAAGCUCCCCAUCUUGGUCGGCGGCACUCACUACUACACUCAGUCAUUGCUCUUUAAGGAUACUCUUCCGGACGAAGCACUCCCCAGUACAAACGAAGACGGCCGCCGUCAAUUCCCCAUCCUUGACGAGCCCACCGGAGUCAUCCUGGAAAAGCUGAAAGAGGUGGAUCCAGUUAUGGCCGACCGGUGGCAUCCUAACGAGAGACGCAAGAUCCAGCGCUCGCUUGAGAUAUAUCUCAAGACUGGGAAACCAGCCUCGCAGAUAUACGAUGAGCAGCGGCUCAAGCGAGAGUUAUCACCUUCCGCCCCUAACAGUGAUCCUAAGGGCGAACGCACCAACGACGCAGGCCUGCGGUCUCCAACACUGGUUCUUUGGGUUCAUGCGUCAAAGGAAGUCUUGUAUCCGCGACUCGAUUCUCGCGUCGAUAAGAUGCUGGACAGAGGCUUGCUGGCUGAAGUCGAAACGCUCACUAAUUUCCGCACAUCCUGCGAAGCCCAAACAGGCCAGACUGUGGAUCAGAGCCGCGGCAUCUGGGUCUCCAUAGGGUACAAGGAGUUUCUGGAUUAUCAAACUGCACUUACUGGACGUUCGGCUUCAAGGUUGGAUCUCGCAAAUACGAAGACAGCCGCCAUCGAAAAGACACAGGCAGGCACGAGGCAAUACGCGAAACGUCAAGUCCGUUGGAUACAGAUCAAGCUUCUCAAUGCUCUCAUCAACGUUGGUCAUGGCAACAACAUCUUCCUGCUUGAUGGGACUGAUUUGUCGAAAUGGGAAUCUCAAGUCAUACAGCCAGCAAACGACAUCACCAAUCGAUUCCUCCUCGGUCAACCACUACCGGAUGCGGCGGAGCUGUCGCGGACUGCGCGCGAGAUGUUAACUCCUAAGAGAGAUUACGACCUUGCGCAGCGACCAGACCUAUGGCAGAAGAGGGUCUGCGAGGCUUGCGGCACAGUUGCGGUAACGGAGAAUGACUGGAACCUCCAUAUCAAAAGCCGCGCGCAUAGGCGGGCCGUGGGUGCGAAGAAGAAGCAAGAUAACGUCAAGGCUAGCUCGAGACCUGUCAAGGCGCCACGAGAGGAUUUAGUGGAUGUCCUUGAGAGUUACAUGGAAAACUUUCCCGACGAUGAGCGUAUGAGCUAA